CUCUCUCUCUCUCUCUCUUCCUCUGCUCCUCGCCUCCUCUUCCUCUCCGCUGAGCUGCUACGCUGCGUUGCGUUGCGCAACUGCUUCCUCUCCACGCCAUCACCGACUCCUCCCCACCGCCGCCGCCGCAUCCGCUGGAACCCUAGACAUAUAGCCUUCCCCAUCGCGGUGAUGGUGGAGGAGUCGCUCGCCGCCGUGCUCCACGGAGGCGGGAGGUAGGGGGUGGUGGUGUUGCGUGGCCGUGCCCGAUCGGCGGGGCGGGGGGUGGAAGGAGGGGCAUGAGGGCGCCGCAGGAGCGCACCGUCAGGGAUCUCUACGAUCACACGCGCCACAGGGAUCUCGCGCUCCCCGAGGAAUCAGUGGAGGGGCGUGGCAGCGGACGCCGGGUGGAGGGGCCGGGGAAUAGCGAGGUGGUCGCCAAGAUGGAGGACAAGCUUACAGCAAGAAAACGACCAGUACCAUCCGACAGCCCUAAUGUGAAGGCAGAAUCUGGCACUUGUAAUGUCUGCUGUGCUCCUUGCUCCUCAUGCCUGCACCGAAAUAUUUCACUCACUGAUUCAAAUAUGGACUGUGGAUCAUCUCAAACAUGCUUUGCAAGGUCAGAAACAAAAAACCAUUCGUUUGUUCGUAGUGAUAAAGGGCUCCGUUUUAAGGGUAAGGGAGGAGAAAAUGAUGAUGAAUUCAGUGCCACUUCAAGCCCUGCUUCCUAUUCUGAAAAUGGUGAAAAUAAAGUCAUGGGAAGAUCAUCUGUUGCAGCAGAUUCAGAGGUUGACAAGCCAGCAAAGCGUAGAAGGCUAGUAAAUCAUGGUUCUAGAUCACCUAGAAUAGAGUGCCAUGAUGAUAGCAACUCGUGCGUUACUGGUGUAUCAGCAGCAGGAAAACUUCUGUUGGAUAAGAAAAAGGAUAAACUAUCUACAUCAGCAUCAAGUCGUGACCUUACUGGUAACUAUAAGGACCACGGCAUUAACAGCCACAACAGACUAAAAAAUUACUGCAUCGAAGAAUCUACUGGAAAGAAGAGAUCUGAUGUUCAUGUCAUGCACCGAAGUUCAUCUGAUAAGGCAUUGCCUGCUGAUUCUCCUUUUGCAACCAAAAAGUUGCUGCGGACCCAGUCCUCUCUCAGUGCAUCACAUGGUUUAUCUUCCAAGAAACCAACACAGGGAUUUGGGAAUUCACAAGAUAAUUUAGCUCAUCAAUCUUGUGAGAAAGCUUCUUUAAACAAGAAUGUAGAGCGGUCACUGGGAGGAAAAUCAGAGCCUUCUGUGCUUGGUGGUGAGAGACACAACAUGAUGACUAGUGGUGGUACUAGUAGUAGCAAUAAAAUCAAGGCUGGAUCCUUAAAAAAGAAUCUGGAAAACGGCACCUCAUGCUCAAGAAAUGGAAGUCUAGAACAUGCUGACAUUCAAUCUAAUGAUGCUGUUAAUCGGAACAAGAAUGAUAAACAAGAACAGAAUCAAGCUUUUUCAAUGGAUACAGGUAGUCGUAGAAAGUUGAAUACACAGAAUGAUGUGAUGACCGACUCUGGGAAUUCAGAGGGCUUAAUAGAUGUGAACGUUUGUGAUAUAUGUGGAGAUGUUGGGAGGGAAUAUCUUCUUGCUACAUGCACUAGGUGCCUUGAGGGAGCAGAGCAUACUUAUUGCAUGCGAGUGAAGUUGGAGAAAGUCCCAGAUGGUGAAUGGUUAUGUGAAGAAUGUCAGCUCAAAGAAGACCAAAGCCAAACAAAGAGCAAUGAUGGCACAUCAACGAUUAAGAUUUUGGAUGGGAAAAACCAAAAUUCAGAAAGCAUGAGCAACCCUAAGACAUUGAAGGUUGUCGUGAAUGAUUUGGACAGUCAACAAAUCAUUUGUGGUAAACCAGUUUCUACUGAUCCCUUGUCUGGUAGCAAUCAAAAGUUGCAUCUAGUGUCAACUGAUCUGGAAGCACGCCAGGUGAAAUGUGCUACCCCAACUGCUGAAAGACUGGAUGGCAGGAAUAAACAUUCAGGAACUAUGGGAAAUCACAAGAGAUUGCAAGUUGUUACAUCUGGCUUGGAAGCACGACAAUCUACUUGUAGCACACCAACACCUGGAAGCUUUGACAAGAAGAAUCAAGGUGUAGACAAGAAGAGUCAAAGUUCAGAAGUGUUGUUAAACCGUAAGAAGUUGCGAGUUGCCACUGAUAUGGAUUCGCCUCUAUCAAAUGAAGGUGUAAGGAGUCCACCUAAAUCAUGCAAGAGAUAUGCAGAAAAUACUUUAUCCUCUACUCCCAGGCUCCUCAAGACAGAGAGUCCUAGGAAACAUGAUGUGCUCUCUAGGGAGAACUCCUUUAAGAGCUCUAACAAGGGAAGUUUUAAGUCAUCUGAUAAUGCUCAAAUGAGGACUCAAGCAGUUAAUAGUUCUGUGAACUUACCUCGGUCAUAUUCCUUGGGAAGCUUGGCAAAUGUCAAAACUCCAGUUCCUUCACCACGAGGCGUUGUAUCAAAGCAAACAUCUUUUAACAGCUCCAACCACGAACCAAAGGUCAAGCAAUUAGCUGAACCUGUGGUGAGCAAGCUGAAGCCUUCAAAACAUUCCCCAAGAGACCCUAGAGAACAGGGGACCAUCAGAAAAGUUUUUAAAUCUGGAUCUUUUAAGCAUGAAUCUUCAGUUUGCAAAGACUCAAGUUCAUCAAAAGAAAAGCAAUCAGUUCAUUCGUCUCAAAAUGAAAAACCUAGAAUAUUGAAGCCUGUAAAACCAACAAAUUUGUUGGAAAGGAGGGCUUCAUUUAAUCUUAAAAAACCGAACAUUCCUUCAUCACCAAGGCCUGAUAGUUCAAUAAAGUCAGGGGAUCCAAGAAAUGACCAGGACAGUCCAAGGCCCGGACCAAGCAUACUUAAAAGUAGCAAAAAAACAGGAAUCGUUGAAAAGAAACGUAGCUCCAUUUUGUCUAAAAGUGAGAAGCAAGGUAUUCUUGUUCGGUCAUCUACAGGAGUUGCUUCUUCAAAAGACAUCUGUGCGGUGAAGGCAUCUGAUCCACUAAUUGAAAUGGACAAAAUAAAAACUGAUAACACAGAUAAUGCAUGUGAAACUCCACUAGUUUUGGUGAAGAAUGAUGAUGAAAUGCCAACUAAACCUGAGGGGCUUGCCAUGCCAUCUACUUCAAUGACUCAGAGAUCAUUUUUGCAAGAGAUUGCGCCAACAAGUUCCUCAGAAGAUUUUCCUUCAGAAGAGGUACAUCACGAAGAACAUAUUAUACAAAGUGUAGGAAACGGUUCCAGCAAAAGUGCAGUGGCGGUUCAGGCUUCCAAAGACAUUUUGCCAGGGAGCCCACAAGGUCAUCUAGUGGUGCAUAAUCCAAAUAACCCAGACAGUAAACUAAAUGAUCUGAAUCUAAAGCAGGAAUCGUUUGUUGAUCUAUAUUCUGCUGUUGAAGGUUCUUUUGGGGCUUUAGUUAUUCCAGAGCAGACUUACAUCUGGCAAGGUACCUUUGAGGUUUCAAGACCUGGAAACUCUCCCGAAAUGUAUGAUGGGUUUCAGGCUCACUUGUCUGCCUGCGCAUCGCCCAAAGUACUUGAAGUAGUCAAACAAUUACCUCAGAGAAUUCAGUUAGCAGAAGUUCCACGGCGUUCCUCAUGGCCACUGCAAUUUAAGGAAGUAAAGCCGAAUGAAGACAGCAUUGCUCUUUAUUUCUUUGCUAAAGAUGUUGAAAGUUACGAAAGAGCAUAUGGGAAACUCUUGAAAAACAUGCUUGCUGGAGAUUUGUCUCUCGCUGCAAAGAUUAGUGAUAUUGAACUUCUCAUUUUUACAUCUGAUAAGCUGCCUGAGAAGGCUCAGCGGUGGAAUGGCUUACUUUUCUUUUGGGGUGUCUUUCAUGCCAGAAAGGCAAAUAGUUCAACUGAGCUGCUUGUCAAAGGGAUGGAUCAAAGUCCACUAGAACAAAUCAAUGAACCUGCCAAUCAACUUGUCUGCUCCCCUAAGAUGCCUCAGUCAUUGGGCAUAGAUUUGAAUGAGUGCCCUAUUGACGAAUUGUAUGACCCGGCUGUAUCAGUUGAAGUGAAGAUGGAGAAUGGUGGCGCAUCUGUAGACCAUGAGACCUUGUUGAGUCCCAAUCAUGAGACUAAAAGGCUGAAUUCAUGUGAAAUACAUUGUCCAGAAACUGCAGUCACUGGGAAAAUUUUGUUUGGAACUCCCACUGCAGUUCCCUUUGGAGUUCAUGUUCACGCAAGUUCAAAAGGUGAAUGUCUCAACAUCAAACCAGAAUAUCCAAGUGAUACAAUAGGUGGCAAGGGACCAGUUGGUAGGGACCACAUGGAGGAGGAAGAGAGCUUUAGUAAGAAUGAAGCUCUACGCUUUGCUAAGCAGCUUACAGGUGUAGGGAGACCAGUCUCUGAUGAGAUAUUGACAAAUGCACCGUCACUUGUAUCCCUGCAGCAUUCUGUCCAACCGAAGCUUUCUUAUGAUCCAAGUGAUUCAAUUUCAAAGGACCUUUUGCCUGACUCUAAUUCCAUCUACAAACGGCAAAAGACUUCUGAUGGGAAAUACUCUACUUGCAGUUUUGGAGAUGGUCAACUGACUGGCAAAUGCUUGUCCAAGAUACAUCCCUUGCCAGCUGAUCAUCAUACUUCAUUAGACGAUGUACGAUAUCUUUGUGGGGUUCCAGCAGGUACCUGUUCUCCAACCAAACAAGUCUCGGAUCAUGUCAUCCAUGUCCUAUCAUCAGAUGAUGAAGACUCUCCAGAACCUCGUAAUAAUCUGAAUAAGCCAUCACUGAAGGAAGAGGAGGGCCCUUCCGCACUGCAACUGUCCCUUUCUAUGGUCUCAAAGAAGAAUAAUCUUGCUGGUUCUGAUACAGGAGAUGAUGGACCGCUGUCUCUGUCUCUUGGGCUCCCUGGUGUAGUGACUAGCAACCAGGCUCUUGAGAUGAAGCAGUUUCUGCCAGAGAAGCCUGGCAUGAACACUUCGUUGCUUCUCUAGAUAUCUGAGUGUACAGUUUUAUGCUUUGUUUAACUUUAUGGAGUUUAGACAGGGUAGUAGUAUGGUAUAGCUGUUAAAUUAUGGGAACCUAUGGUUUAUUUCACUGUUCUAUGCAUCUGCUGUUGUUGCUA